AUGGAUCCGACGACGACGCUCUUUACUUUCAUGUUCCGACGAGACCGUGGCCAGUGGAGGGGUUGCUACACCUUCAAGGACAUCACGCGCGAGGGCGAUACUGGGAGGAUACCGAAGCGGAAUGGAGGUCUCAAGAUGGGACACACCUACUAUUACUACUAUGAACUCGACGGGACCUCUGAGACCCACGAUCCGUCCCAGCCAUCCACCAAUAUGUGCCCGUAUCUUCCCGGGCAGACCGUCAACACCCUCUUCAUUCCCGUCGAGCAAUCCCGCAGGAAACGGAGCGCCUCCUUGACAUCAUUGCGUGAUGAGGACUUCAAGACGAUGGAUCCUGCCAGCAAGUUUGUCUCGCCAAGGCCAGCACCAACACCGCCGGAACCGAGUCGCCGGCUGGGUACUGCGCCACUUCGAACGCUGCAACAGAAGCGCCCCGCCAGGUCACCGUCGCCAAGCUCCCGCUGGAUGUCCUUGCCACGCAAGUUUUUCAGCCGAAAGUUAAGCUCGUCUUCGCUCAAGGAUACCCAUAACUGGCGGGCGGAGGAUGAGCGGAGUCUAAGGUCGGAAGGUAGCCGGUCAAGGGACAUCUCCCCGGAGUCGCUGCGUAGGUUCUUGGUGGACGACACGCCGAUCGACCACGAGCAGGAGACCUGCGACCGGCCUACGAUUGACAUUCCGGAGGACAUUGUUGAAGAGAAUGAGGAUGACGAAAACUUUGCCACCUCGGCCGUGUCCGAGACGAUGGAAUUCGCGGGGCUGUCACCUCCACCUCAACGAGCAGUCUCCCCGGCCAUGUCAAUGGCCUCGAUGAGGGAUGCAGCAACAGCAGUGCCUGGAUCAUCCUACCUGACCGUCCCCCCUGUCCCAACCCGGGCCCCGCCGCGACUGCCAACCCUCGACACCGACCGAACACCCGGUGGAAACCCAGAAUUUCCCCUCUCUGCCCUCCGCCCCCAGCACGUCCCGGAGUCCCCGGAUUCACACUGCCCGCCAGACUUUGAACUCUCCGAAGGAGAAGAAGACGAUGACACGUCUGGAAACGAUGAGGACCCUCCCGACAACAACCACAACACCACGGCCGGUCAUCAAACGAGUCCCUUCGCCCGGCAUUUGACCGCCACACUAUCCACGUACUCGCUCCCGCGAACGGCGGGGACCGAAGGCAGAAAGUUGAGUGUUGCGGCGGCGCAGCAACAGCCUGCUGUGGUUGCUGGAGCGGGAGCCGCGGUAGGGCCGCUGAUGCUUGCUAGCCCAAUCCCGGAUGCUGGGUUGGAGGAGCUGGUGAGUGAGUUGGGCUGGAUGGCGGACGUGAUUCGUGAGGAAUAUGUCUGA